AUGAAAGGAAAUGGUAAACCAACAACAGUUAUUAAACUUCAAGCAAAACCAGCAGGAGCAGCACCACCACCACACUCAGCUCAACCACCACAACCACCACAAGCAAGACCUGUAUCACAAAUCCAAAAUAGACCACCUCCCAGUACCAAAUGGCAAUUCACCAUUGCUGGUGGACAACCACACCCACCAAUGAAUAGACCCCCACCACCAGUCGCUGGUGGACAACCACACCCACCAAUGAAUAGACCUCCACCACCAGGUCAACCACCAAUGAACAGACCUCCACCACCAGGUCAACCACCAAUGAAUAGACCUCCACCACCAGGUCAACCACGUCCACCACCACCUGGCCAACCAAAUAUGCCACCACGUCCUGUCUCACAAAUGAAUGGAGGUGCUCCUACUGUAGGAGGAGGUGUAGGUGGCCCACCACCAAAACCACAAAGACCUGGUGUACCACCACCACCUGGCCAACCAAAUAUGCCACCACGUCCAAUGACCCAACCUCCAAAUGGGGCUGCUCCACCACCAAAGCCUCAAAGACCCGGCGCUGGACCACCACUCCCACCAAGAUAA